ACUUGAGCCUCGCGCGCUGCCGUCCGCGGCCCGCCGGGCAGCGCGGCAGAGGGCACCCCUCCCCCCACCGCCGGCGCCGCCAUGUCGGGCCUGGCGAAGGCCUCCGGCGCCUUCAAGUCGGUGGACUACGAGGUGUUCGGCCGCGUGCAAGGCGUUUGUUUCAGAAUGUACACAGAAGAGGAAGCUAGGAAAUUAGGAGUGGUCGGCUGGGUUAAAAAUACCAGCAAAGGCACUGUAAUGGGCCAGGUUCAGGGCCCAGAAGAGAAAGUAAAUGCAAUAUUGCAUCCUGAGCCACCUUUGUCAACUGGCAGCCUACCUUACAUGCAGCAGAAGGGACAAAAUUAAAGUGUUGAUGGCACAAGGAAAUCCUGGCUGACUAGAGUUGGAAGCCCAAGUUCUCGCAUAGACCGAACAAGCUUUUCUAAUGAAAAGGAGAUUUCCAAGCUUGAUUUCUCAGGAUUUAGCACUAGAUACUAAUGGAGGAAGACAUAGCUAAAGACAAAACUGUGAUGUUUCUGCUGCAUGAUGUUUCUGUGCCUCCAUACAAUUGCACAAGACCAUUUUGAUGCUUUCUCUGCUAGAGAUAAGUAUAAAUGGUCUCUGUUUACAUAACGGAAGAAUUCUUAGUUGCUGUAUAAGACAUUACAUAACAUGAAUGCCAAUAUCUAAUUCAUUGUAUUGUGAAAGCUAGACGAAAGGUUAAAAGUAUCAGUGACUAUUUGCACACAGUGAGAUUUGUUAUACCUAAACAUAUGGAACCUAAUCUCUAUACCAUUAAGUAUUCAUAUUUCAGAUGCAAAAUAAUAAUCCAUUUAUGUUCUGCUGUUUGUAAUUUCACCAAAAAUAUUUAAAUAUGUUACACUUUAAACAGAACUGAAGCAUUGAAUGAUAUAUUCUAACAGCUCUGUAUUGUAAAUCAUUGUUUGUAAUAAUUAGUUAAGAUCUGGCAAUAAUCUAAAAUAAAUGUACAUUGCUUCAGAAACUAA